AUGCAGCUGGGGCUAAUUGUUCAUGAAUGCCAUUCCUUCUACCCUCGUUUCUUGCGUUUCGGCAGAUUUAACUAAUGGCUUCGCCGUAUCUGCUUGGAUAAUUCGCCUCCACCUCAUGUAAUGCUCCUACCAGUUUCGUGGUUUUCGGUGUUGUUCCUCCAUCCUGCCGUCGCUCCAGUCUCGGCAAUCUGCAGACGGAUCCGGACCGGUGCUGACAGUAGAUGGUAUGAAUGGUCUGAAGGCGCCUGGUUGGCAUGGAAUAUCAACAGAUGGAAGGAUAGGGUCCAGUCGGACACCGUUUCGCUUAUAUGGAGUGGUGCAACGGGCUCUACUUUCUGGGUUCGGUCGGUAAGGUACAUGUUAUGCGGACUGUUCAUGUUAGUCGGAUGCAGGUAUUGAUUGUAUCGUAAUUCUAUCUCCGGGUAUUCUCAUGAGCCCCAUGAAUCAGGGAAUAAAUGGGUCGGACCCGGUGGGCGGGCAUGGUUGGCGUAUUUUGGGAUCUCGCCGGGAAACGAAGA